AUGCAUCGAGUUUCAGAUGUACCCGUGAUUGUGUUCAAUCCAUAUUUAACAUGUAGUCUGUGUCGAGGCUAUUUAAUUGAUGCUACGACAAUUGUUGAAUGUUUACAUUCAUUUUGUCGUAGUUGUAUUUUAUCUUAUCUCAAAUUGAACACAACAUGUCCAAUUUGUGAGACACUUUUGCAUAAAACCAAACCACAUUGUGCAAUUCGCCCAGAUCGUGCACUACAAGCUAUUGUUUAUAAGCUUAUACCGAAUUUAUUUGAAAAAGAAAUGUUAUGUAGAAGAAAAUUUUAUCAAGCCUAUCCUUCACUCCAUAGUCGAUCGCUAAGUCCUGAAAAACGAGGUGAUAUCACACUGAAUACUUAUGUUCUUCAAGAAGAAGAUCGUUUAAGUAUUGAACUUCAAUACUGGAAUCACAAUGAACAUAAUAAUAAAAUGAUGAUUGAUGAUAGUUGUUCAAAUAAAACAUUGAAUCAAACAGAUUCAAUCAAUUCUUUAUUGACUGUUAUCCCGCCUACAUUUUUACUUUGUCCACCUGAACUUACAGUAGGACAUAUUGAAAAACUUAUUCGAAUGAAAUUCAAUUUAAAACCUAGUGAACAUGAUGUUUCUGUUUUCUUUUCAGUAGAUGAUCUUUUUAAUUCAGAUUAUACACUAUCAGAUCUUGCUUGUUUAUAUGCAUGGCGUCGUCAACAACCAUUUAAAUUAUAUUUUACAAUAAAAGAAAUAUCAAAAUCAGAAUUUACUUUAAUUACAGAAUCUCAACCUUCAACCACAACCAAUAGUAGUAGUAAUCUAUCUCAUAGUAGUAGUAGUAGUAGUGUAGACAACAAAUCUGAACUAUGUUCAGUGAGCAAUAAUAAUAAUAAUAAUCAUUCACUUUGGUCUUUAAAAUUUAAGCCAGGAAAUUUCUCAACAUCUUCUCUACAUAAACAACAUAUACAACAUAAUCCUAAUGCAAUAAUAAUAAAUACUGUUUCAUCUGAAAUUCAUGCGCCAAACUCACAAAUUUCAUUACAAUCAUCUUGUAAAAUACCACUUCCAACACAAUUUAUCAAAUCUAUGAGUUUAUCAUCAUCAUCAUCAUCAUCAACAUCAUCCUCCUCAUCAUCAUCUGCUAUGCUCAAUAAUACUUCCAGCACUGUUUGUUCUUCACUAGCCUAA